AUGCAGAGACUUCGCGGUGCAAUCCGUUACUUGGCUGAAGCAAGACGUGCAGUGAGAAGAAGCGGUGCAAACGGCAACGAUCGAAACAUGGAGGGUUACGAACAAAUUCAGGGAGAUGGCCAAGAAGCCAUUGACUCCCACGAUUCUGCGCAGCGACUAUCCUUAGAUGGACAUCUAGAAAACCAUCAACCAACGUUGCUAAUGAAUGGAUCAGUCGAUUUAGGCCCAGAGCGCACCAAUAACAUCAUCACAAAUGAGGAAGCUACACAGGAGAACCCAACAGUCCAAAACAACACAUAUUCAGUUCUUGGCGACGAUAUGGUAAUAUCUUCACUAAAUUCAACAUUGCCAGCUACAUACAUUAUGGGUUUAUCAACUCCCAUGGAAAUAGAACUUCUGAUGCCAGAAGACUAUUACAAUGAUCGUAUCACCAAUCUCCAACAACAAGGACUAAUUUCCAUUGGAAGCGAGCCGAUAUACAUACCUACGGAAAGAGAAAAUGCUAUUAUGCAGAUCCUCACACCAGUUACUAGCGGCAUAGAUAAACUUGAACUUUGCUUCUGUGGCGCGCCAUACGCGGAUACAACGUCAAAAAUUGAGAAUGAUCCGCAUGAGGCGGUUAAGUUAUCGGAAUGUCCUCAUGUUUUUGGAAAACAUUGUAUUGUGCAGUGGUUAAAUGAGAAUCGGGUGCCCACUUGUCCGAUGUGUAGGAAGAGGGUAAUUUUGGUGAGGGAUGUGCCGGUGGAGUGGAUUCAGGAUAUGUAUAGGGUUAUUGAUUACCAUUAUUCGCAGCCUGACUAG